AUGCUAUUCGAGGAAGGGGAUGCAGCGCUGUUGAAGAAGUGGAUUAUUAAACGGUUGGAAGAUAUGUAUGUCGACUCCUCCUCCCAUCUUGCGCUCUGCUGUACUGUGCCGUGCUUCGGGGCAGUGGCGAUGUUAAUGUGGGCAAAACAGUUCCGAUGCCGAUUCGGAUGUUCUGGCGGAUUACGUGCUUGCUUUGUUGAGGCAUGAUCAGACGCAAGAGGAGGUUCAAAAAUUGUGUAUUGAGCAGUUGGAUGAUUUUCUUCAUGAUCGUAUUUGCUCCCCUUGUUGUUUUUUUUCCUUUUCUUCCUCUUCCUUUUUUGGGUGCGGUAAGGGUUAAUGUGUUUGCUCCGGGGGAGGGGAGCGGGAAUCAACAGACACUGCGCAAUUCGUCAAGGAUGUCUUCGCCACCCUUGGGAACCAGGGUUUUAUGGGCGUCAACUCUACGCUUACCGGUGCUCCGCUACCACAGCAACUACAGCAGCAAGUACAGCCACAGAAUUCACAGCCGUCUCUUUCACCCGGGGCUUCUCACUCGUCGUUGGUGGCGGCAGGGCCAAUGAUGGAGAAUCGCGGGGCGGAGAUCCGGGGUAUCAAGAGGGAGAGGAGUCACUUUGAGCGGGAUAGGGAAGGGUCGUCUGGGAGAGAUACAUAUUCGCCAAGUAUGGGGGGCGCCAGAGGUUACAAAGCGCCGCGACGCGGUGGUGGUGCUCCGAGCGGUCCCGGGAGAUGGAAUGGUGGAAAUGGGAACGGUGGUGGGAGUCAUGCUGGUGGAGGAGGUCCUGGGAGGGGUGGUAUUGGCGGCGGCAGUGGAUAUGGUCAUCCACAAGGAUCUGUGGAGGUUCCAUUUGUUCCCUCUGGUGGCCCUCCGGUUCCCCCGGCUCUCCCCCAGUUCGGUAUGCCCCCUAUCCCACCUUCUGGCUUCCCCUGGGCUAUCCCUGGGCCUGGUGAUCCUAUGGGUGCGUAUCUGGCUGCCCAGGCGGCUGCGGUGGCAUGGGGCGGUUUCCCACCAAUUGGCGCUCCGGCGGUUGGAAAGGGUGAAGAGAAGAAAGCUAUCGAAAAGGUUGGGGAGAGGUGUAAGGAUUAUGAUGAGAAAGGAUUCUGCAUGAAGGGCGAUAUGUGCCCGUAUGAGCAUGGAAUGGAUCGCUAUGUUGUACCAACAGAGGCCUCCGCUGCGGAUGGUUGGGACCUUUCCUUUCCGCUCAUCGCAGCAGCCUUUUUUCUGGCUAACCCUUUGGCAGAAUAUGAUCCAAACAAUUCGCAACUGUUCUCUGCUGAUUCAUCUGCUCAGGAUAACCAUAGCAAUAAUGAUAACAACAGGGGCCAUGGAGAUAAUAGGGGCCGUGGUAGAGGUAGAGGAAAUCGUGGGGGAGGAGGAGGGGGUGGUGGUGGUGGUGGGAACAGAGGUGGUCGAUCUGAAUUCUCUGGCACCGGGCCUUCCUAUGAUCGCAGUAAUACAACACUUGUGGUUGAGCAUAUUCCCGACGAUAAACUGGCGGAGUCGGCCAUCAGGGCGUUCUUCUCGGAAUUUGGAAAUGUUUUGAAAGUGGAUGUUACCCCGGACAAACAGCUUGCCACGGUGAAGUUUGAACGUUGGGACAUGGCCAGAAAGGCAUACGAUUCCCCCGCCCCCAUAUUCGAUAACAGGUUUGUGAAGGUAUUCUGGUACAAGCCUAAUGCAGAGCAGAACGGGAGUACGGCAGCAACAGCAGCCAAACGUAUAGAGCCGACUCCCGUCGCCGACGAAAUGGAAAUUGAUAUGGAGGAGUUUAAAAAGAAGCAGGAAGAAGCCCAGAAGGCUCACGAAGCGAAAAUGCUCAAGAAAAAAGCCAAUGAAGAAGCCGCCAAGGAGCUAGAGAGAAGGAAAGAAGAGCUCCAGAGGAUGCAAUUGGAAGAGAAGCGCAAACUGGAAGAGAAAUUAGCCAAAAAGAGAGCCGGAAGUGCCGCCGCUUCGGCUUCGCCCCCGGCAUCUGGGACGUCCCCGGCCGCUGGGGGCAUUUCUAAGUCUGAUGCUCAGGCGGCUACUACUGCUGCCCUCGAGGCGCAAUUGCGAGCUCUCCAAGCAGAAGCAGAAUCCUUGGGGAUUGAAGGUAGUGAUACUGUUCCCGAGUCUGGCUCUUACCGAGGGAGAGGUCGCGGCAGGUUUCCUUUCAGGGGCAGAGGCGGGUAUGUCCCCAGGGGAAGGGGGGUUUAUGCUCCUACUUAUGGAUCCUAUAGGGGUCGUGGAGCAUUCCCAACUGCUAGAGGUGGUACCUUGAAAUUGGACAAUCGUACUCGAAAAGUUACUGUCAGUGCUGCUGAUCUUAGGGGUGGUAAGGAUGAGGAAUUCAGGCACUACCUUAUGGUGAGAAUCACAUAUUGUCCAAGUGACCUUGUAGAAGACUAUGCUAACCCCUACAGAACACCGGCCUAGAGGUUGAAGGCAUUGAACCGCAUCCCGACAAAGAUGACACGCAAAUCGUCACAUUCAAGGAUAGAAGGACUGCCGAAAAGGUUAAUUCCCCUCCCCUCUGCUACUUACUUUCUUCUCUCUCCUUCCUUAGACCUCGAGCUAACAUGGAAGUAGUUCAUCUAUACCGGGAACGACAUCCCAAACGUCGGUGAAGUAGUCCUGGCCUGGUUCAAUGGGCCAUCAUCCAACCCACCCCCUAACAAAUCUGAGGAUCCGAGCCGAAUGGACACGGAGGAGAAUGGCACCUCGUCGACAGCAGUAGCAGCAGCAAGUUCAAGUGCUCUCCACCAUCACCAUAUCAAUUCUAACGACCAUGGAGACGACGACGUCUAUGAGGACGAUGAGGGUCGCUGGCUUCCGGAAUAAAUGAGGCGAACGGAAGAGAAAAAGAAAAAAGUGUGAUACUGGGAUGUGGAGUGUUUUUAAAGGU